AGUAUGCAGCUGCAGUGAAUUCUGGGAAGAUACUCACACAGUCAGCUGUGUUGGGGCCCCGGCGUCCCGAGGCUCAGAAUCUCUCUCUCUCUGUCUUUCUCUCUCUUUUCCCAUUAUCCGCGUCAGGCUCCGGGCCGCAGCGAACCGCCAAGAUGUCUGGGGUGCGGGCGGUGCGCAUCAGUAUCGAGUCGGCCUGCGAGAAGCAAGUGCAGGAGGUGGGCCUGGAUGGCACCGAAACCUACCUGCAGCCGCUGUCCAUGUCGCAGAACCUGGCCCGGCUCGCUCAGCGCAUCGACUUCAGCCAGGGCUCGGGCUCCGAGGAGGAGGAGGCGGCCGGCGCCGACCGAGACUCGCAAGACUGGGCGGGCGCCAGCGGCAGCGCAGACCAGGACGACGAGGAAGGAUUGGUAAAAUUUCAACCUUCCCUUUGGCCAUGGGAUUCAGUACGGAACAAUUUGAGAAGCUCCCUGACUGAGAUGUGUGUUCUCUAUGAUGUUCUCAGCAUUAUCAGGGAUAAAAAAUUCAUGACUCUUGAUCCUGUUUCACAGGAUUCACUUCCUCCCAAGCAGAAUCCUCAGACUUUACAGUUGAUUUCAAAGAAAAAGUCACUAGCUGGUGCAGCACAGAUCCUUCUGAAAGGGGCGGAUAGGUUGACCAAAUCAGUUACUGAAAACCAGGAGAAUAAGCGACAAAGAGACUUCAACUCUGAACUUCUUCGAUUAAGACAGCACUGGAAACUCAGAAAAGUUGGAGAUAAAAUUCUUGGUGAUCUGAGCUACAGAAGUGCAGGAUCUCUUUUUCCCCAUCAUGGCACAUUUGAAGUAAUAAAAAACACAGAUAUUGAUUUGGAUAAGAAGAUACCAGAGGAUUACUGCCCACUUGAUGUCCAAAUUCCAAGUGAUUUAGAGGGAUCUGCAUACAUAAAGGUGUCUAUUCAAAAACAAGCAUCAGACAUAGGGGACCUUGGCACAGUUAACCUCUUCAGACGACCUAUGCCCAAGUCAAAACCAGGUUCUCCACACUGGCAGACAAAACUAGAGGCUGCACAAAAUGUUCUCUUGUGUAAAGAAAUCUUUGCACAACUGUCCCGAGAAGCUGUUCAGAUUAAAUCACAGAUUCCUCACAUUGUUGUGAAGAACCAAAUUAUCUCUCAACCCUUUCCAAGCUUGCAGUUAUCUAUUUCCUUGUGUCAUUCCUCAAAUGAUAAGAAAUCCCAAAAAUCUUCUGAAAAGCAAAGUACAGAGGACCAUCUUUAUGUUCUGGAACAUAAUUUACAUCAGCUGAUUAGAGAGUUUCACAAGCAGACCUUGAGUUCUACAAUGAUGCCACAUCCAGCUAGUGCACCUUUUGGCCACAAGAGAAUGAGAUUGUCAGGACCUCAGGCUUUUGAUAAGAAUGAAAUCAACUCUUUACAAUCCAGUGAAGGGCUCCUAGAGAAAAUCAUUAAGCAAGCAAAGCACAUUUUUCUCAGGAGCAGAACUGCCCAGACUAUUGACACCUUAGCAAGUCGGAUUGAGGAUCCUCAGAUACAAGCUCACUGGUCAAACAUAAAUGAUGUUUAUGAAUCCAGUGUGAAAGUUUUAAUAACAUCUCAAGGCUAUGAGCAAAUAUGCAAGUCCAUUCAGCUGCAAUUGAAUAUUGGAGUUGAACAGAUUAGAGUCGUACACAGAGAUGGAAGAGUAAUCACAUUGUCUCAUCAAGAACAGGAGUUACAGGAUUUUCUUCUCUCUCAGAUGUCUCAGCAUCAGGUGCAUGCAGUUCAGCAAUUAGCCAAGGUGAUGGGUUGGCAAGUCCUUAGUUUCAGUAAUCAUGCGGGACUUGGCCCAGUGGAGAGCAUUGGCAAUGCAUCAGCCAUAACUGUGGCCUCACCAAGUGGUGACUAUGCUAUUUCAGUACGUAACGGCCCUGAGAGUGGAAGCAAGGUCAUGGUACAGUUUCCCCGAAGUCAGUGCAAGGACCUCCCCAAAAGUGAUGUGCUGCAGGAUGGGAAGUGGAACCAUCUCCGUGGACCAUUCAAGGAAGUUCAGUGGAAUAAGAUGGAAGGCCGAAACUUUGUGUAUAAAAUGGAGUUGCUCAUGUCUGCACUCACCCCUUGUUCAUAGUCUGGCUUUUUCUAGAAUACUAUUUUCUGCUUGGGUUAUUUAUAAUUUUGACUACAAGCUAAUGAAGGGAAGUCUCCACAUAAAAAUAUUGUUUUUAAAAUAAAAUAAUUGGUGAAUUUUUCAUAGCAUUUUAAACUUGAAAAGCACUUCAUAGAGCUGUGACAUCAGUGGUGUUUUUUAAACAGUUUUUUUAAGGAGUACGAAGUGGUUCCUUUUUUUAAAAAAAAUCUAAUUAAAAAUACAGCUUGUGACUUUGGAUAUGCUUUUUUUCUAAACUCAUCUUAGCUUUUGCUUCUUGUCAAAUAGAGAUAUAACACCUGCCCUAGAGCCCUCAAAUGCUUGUUCAGGUCCAAGGAAGCUCUUCCUCAGCUGACUGACUUUGCUCAGGUGGACAUGGUCUCGAAAACUAAAGAAAAAGAGGCUUAAAUAGGAAUUUAUUCCUUGGAAAUGAUUGUACUUUUAAAAAACCUGUUGUGACUCAGCUUUAUUACAAGGACUAAGUUCUACAGAAAGUCUUAAGUGUCUGCUGUGUGCGGAAAAGCCAUUGCCCUCCAGAAAAGGAGGGAGAGCCAAGGAUUGCGGUGGUGGCCACUCUGGUGACCCUGCUGCUGCUUUCCCAUGUACCCCAUUUA